AUGUCUAUGUUAAAAGUUUUAAGGGCAAACUCGUUUCCACGACUUUGCGGUGGUCGUUUGGGUCAAAGGGCAAUCUCGUCGUUGACGUACGAACUUACAAAGAACGGACAAGUUUCAUUGCUUUCCCGUGAGUUUCCUGGCUACACGUCGACACUCUCUGUUGCAAUUGCAGCAGGCAGUCGGUACCAACCGAAUUACGGUGUUGCGCAUUUAUUGGAGAAGUAUUCGUAUAAGACUACGGAGAAACGGUCUGCUUUGCGAAUUGUGCGUGAGUCGGAGCUCUUAGGAGGUCACUUGGAAAGCAAGGUGACUCGUGAGCAUAUUAUACUCACAGCUCGUUUCUUGAACGAGUAUCUUGAUUACUACGCAGACAUGAUGUCGGAAGUGGUUGGACACCCAAAGUUUUUACCUCAUCAACUUGAGGAGGAAGUACUACCGCUUGCACGAAUGGAGUAUAGAUUGUUUGAGAAUAGUUUGCUUGAGCGUGCUAUGAGUCGUUUGCAUGAACUUGCGUUCGAACGCAGUUUGGCGUACCCUGUUUUCGUGCAACCCGGAGUGACGCCUACAAUUGAUGACGUUAAGUCGUUCGCUAAGAGCUCUUUUGUGAAAGAAAACAUGGUCGUCGUGUACUCAGGCAGCGAACCGGCUAAAGCAAAGGAGCUCUGUUCGCAAUACUUUGCUGACCUUCCUAAUGGUACUCACCAAAAAAUUGUUCCGCCCCAGCCUACGCAUAACGAGUCUCGAUUGGUUGCUCCAGGGACGUUCAACUACUUGCUAUUUGGCUAUCCUUACCUUGGUCCACCAUCCGUUGAUAUUUACGUACUUGAGAGCAUUUUGGGCGGCCACAGUAUGCUUAAGUGGAGCGAAGGCAGUUCCUUGCUUGCCAAAAUUGCCGUUCCCGUUCAACGUUCAAACUCAACAGCCGUAGCAAAAUUGUUUCAAUAUUCAGAUGCUGGUUUAUUGACUAUCACAGCGUCGUCUACAAGUCUUGCGGACUUGAAGCUUAUGGGUUCGCAAAUUGUCGCUACAAUGCGGAAGCUACCUGAGUUACUUACAGACGAUACCAUUAAGCGUGGUAUCGCUACAGCGAAAACCAACUUUUUGAGUAAAAUGGAGACCCCGUAUUUGGACUCUCAGUUGUUGAGUUGGAUGACUGGACCAAAGAAUUCUUGCAACGCAGAUGUCGUUGUGUCUGCUAUUGAGAAGGUCAGUCGUCAGAGCUUGCUUACUCUUAUUGAGCGUAUCAUCAAAACACCGCCGAGCUUUCUUUCCGUCGGAGCUUCAGAGAACUUGCCCUACUACAGCGAGCUUUAA